GCUGGCCGGAAGUAGGAAGAGGAGUGGCGGCAGCGACGGCCGCGACGCCGGAGGUGGCUUUUUGGUCUCCGUGGUGCGGUUCAAAGGAGCGGCGGCUUCGCGGGCUUCGGAGAUGGCGGAGAAGUUUGACCACCUGGAGGAGCAUCUGGAGAAGUUCGUGGAGAACAUCCGUCAGCUCGGCAUUAUCGUCAGCGACUUCCAGCCCAGCAGCCAGGCGGGGCUCAACCAGAAGCUGAAUUUUAUCGUGACUGGCUUACAGGAUAUUGACAAGUGUCGACAGCAACUUCAUGAUAUUAGUGUCCCUUUAGAAGUUUUUGAAUAUAUUGAUCAAGGCCGCAAUCCACAACUAUACACCAAAGAAUGCUUAGAGAGGGCUCUAGCCAAAAAUGAACAAGUUAAAGGCAAAAUUGACACUAUGAAGAAAUUUAAAAGCUUGUUGAUUCAAGAGCUUUCUAAAGUUUUUCCAGAAGACAUGGCUAAGUACCGAAGUAUCCGAGGUGAAGAUCAUCCCCCCUCUUAAACAGUUUGCUUUCAUUGUGUCUGAAGAAGCCUGUUUACGACUUUCACUGAAUUGUCAUGCCUUUUUGAAAUGUUUGUCUGAGGUUGCAAUGCUUAAGAUGAAAGUGUUCUUGAAAUGUGAAUCUCGAACAGUUAUUUCAAGGCCUUUUUCCUCAAGACCUUUAUGUUUGAAAAGAACUCUCACUGGACAUUGGCACCUUCUCUUCGUUUUACAGGAUAUAUAUAACCAACUAUCAUUUCUCUUUCCAUGAAUGGUACUUCUUAGGACUAAAAUGAAAGUCUUUAUUAUCACGUGCCAGAGUAUUAAUGGUUCAUAAUCUCUUCAAUGUGAAUUGACAUUGGGUGGGGAAAUUGUACACAGGAAAAAAGGUCACUGUGAGAAAUAACUGUUAUUGUCAACUUGUUUUUUUACAUGGCCAAGCACAGUUAGGUGAAAGAUUUAAAAAUUUGACCUGAUGGUGGUUUUUUCCUUUGUGUACUUUCCAUUCCAUUUUUCAUUGUAAAAAAUUGGGGAUAUGUUGUAGAAGUGGCUUUUUUGUGAUUAGUGGUAUUUGUAUUUUGUACAGUUUAACUUUGAUGCGUAACUGAAGUUUUUAGCAGAACUAUAUUUACAUUUACUUCAGUUAAGCCAAGUAUAUAUAAUAAAAUAUUUCCAGAUACUUCAUUACCAAAUUCAUGUAAUUUUUACUUUAUAACAUGUCUACAGUCUAUAGUAUAGCAUUCUGUUUUAUAAGCAUUCAAUCCAUUUUUGACUUGUUUUAAUAAUAUUCCUAUAAUUUAUCUGAAAACAUUUCUCAAGGAUUUUUCUCUCUGCCUUUUAAUAUUCAGUCAACAUGCAACAACAAGAAGUCUAAAAUCCUAAUUUAUCCCCAUUACUACAUGUACUAACUUAUUUACUAUCAUAGGAAAUGGCUUAAAUAUUGACCAAGACAGUCUUAAAAGUAUACUGUUUUAGUGACUUAAAUUUUAUGUUGCAUAUGGAGAGAUAUGCUAGAAGUAGAAACUUAUGAUUAUCAUAGCAUAUGCUCCUUUAACUGCCAAAUUCCACCUUGAUGAUGUCUAUUGGAAAAAGGUUAAACAUCCAAAUGUACUGUCUUGUCAGUAGACUGUCAAAGCAGAAAGCAAUGUUUUAGCUAGCCAAAUCUCAUAUCACAUUCACAUUUUUCUAAAGCAGCUUAUCACUUAACUAGGUUAGAGUGAUUUACAGUUGAAAAAAUUAUUAAGCAUGUUAAUAUAUUUUGCCAGUGUGGUAGCCAUACUUUUUCGAGACCUGUUGAGUAAUUUAAUUUUUAGAAGUUGUACUGUAAUAAUUUAUAUUUUGGUUAGUACUUUUUGUUAAGAGUACAAUGCAUUCAGGUUUGAAUCUUCCCUUGGGGCCAAUAUAGCUGCCCCAGCCAGCCCUUAGACAAUGUACUUGAUGUUGGUGGUAAAGGGAAUAAAUACAGAUGAGUGCUUGUGGUUAGGUCAGUUUACAUUCUGUUACUAUGACUACUUGAAAAACUCAAAAGUUCAUCCUGCUGAUGGUACCUAAGUAGUACUGUCAUGAAAAGGAUGUCACUUUAAUACCUAGUCAGUUUCUGUUUUAGUGUAGUUAGCCUUGAUUUGUCUCUGAAAAGUGUGGUUUCUCUAAAUUAUGCCUAGCAAAAGAAAAAAGCACUCUAGUAAAUUUUCUAUUUAUGUUCAAAAUCAGCCCUUCUUGCUAAACUAAGUAUGUCUUGGUAGUGAAAUCUGUGUGUGAAUUUUACUUAUCUAGAGUUAGUUGUAGGUUCAAGUUUGAUAAGAGUAUUGGUAUCAGUGUAGCUCAAAUUCUGGCCAAGUUGAAAGUAAUGGAUGGAGAAGGGGAAAAAUCAAAGAUAGGGAAAUGUUGACCACCUUUACCUUUACUUUUGAAGUUACCAAAAUACACUUCAUUUGUGAGGAUAAUUAUUGAUUCCCUUUUGUCAGCUAUCCUUUGUUGGUAAACCUUUUCUUGCUCAAUCAUUGUCCAAUUUGAUGUGUUGUAAGUUAGAUAGAAGCAGCUGUGAUAUACUGGAAAGAGUCCUUUAUUUGAUAGAAGAAGCCCUGGAUUUGAAUUCUGGCUCCGUAUUCACCUCUGAACUUCAGUUCCUUUUCCUUUAUAUUCUACUUCGUGAUUGAUUUUACAAAGAACUUUACAUUCAUGAUCUGAUUUGAUCUCCAUGACAACUCUGAGUUGCAGGGUAGUAGAGAGGUUGACUUGCCCAGAGCCACAUGGAAAUUGCCAAGUCAGAAUUUGAACCCGGAUCUCCAGAUUCCAGAUCCAGUAUCCUUUCCAAUGUAUUUUUACUGUCUUAAGAUGAAAAUUCCUGGAGCCUAAUCUUCAAGACUAGCCCAAGAUGGGGCAUUGACAGAUGUCGGUACAAAUUAGAUGAAAAAUCAGUUGACUUACAAGUCAUGUGAUCAUGCUAAUACUUCCUACUUCAUAGGAUCGUUUUGAGGAAAGUGCUUUUUAAACCUGAAAAAUGCUAUAGAUUAGGGAAUUGCUCCAACGACUCCAGGGUAGUUUUUGACCUAUAAUACCCUUUCUGUGUCAUGAAUGCAACUUUUCUAUUGAUCCUUCUUUAGUGUAGAUUUUAUAAUCUCCACCCUAAUUACCCAAUUUCCUUAUUGACCCAAUCAUUUUUUAAACCCUUAACCAUUCCCUGCUAUUUCUUAAUUAUAGGACAGUCUUGUAUUUUUGUUACUGUGUACUGGACUGAUUGAAGUACCCUUUCUAUUCAUGUAUGUUUUUGAAGGCCUUCUUGAGCAUAUUCUUCAGUUCUAGUCAUGUCCAGGACCCAAGUCAAAUUGCUAUAUAAAAAUGCUUUUAAUUAUUAAUAUGUACUUGUAGUAUGUGGUUGUUUACAGAUUUCUUAACGUUUAUUCAUUAUAAUUAGCACUGAAUUAGAACAUGAAGUAUUCUUUUGUCUUUGGCUGGUUAGGACAUCAUGCUGGUGAUGAAGCCAACCCUGUGGAUUUUCUUGCUGAAUAAGUAUAUCAUUGACAGAGGAAUGCUGUUCCCCAAAUUUCUUGCCCAUUCAACACCAUGUGCCUACCCUCAAGCUGCUUGUAGUUAGUACUUCUAACCAUAUCCACAUCUAGUUAUUUGUACAAGUUGUUAUAAAAGGGAGUGUAAUUAAUGGAUUAUCACAUGUUUAUCCCCCCCCCAUUGGAAAAACAACUCAAUUCUCUAUUCAUGGUAGAUCAUUAUGUUCAAGGUAGAAGUUAUCAAAUGAAUUUUAUUUUUCCAUCAACAUUACCUCAAACUUAUACGAUCAUAUUUACUCUCAUCUCUGUUUCUGAAUAUGUGGUACUAAUGGUUUCUGCAAUAUAAGAUUGGCAACAUUUCUAUUUGUUUCUGAAAUAAAGUAUUUUGAAAUUUUUUUUAAAUCAACCUUAGUUGUUGACUCAUCCUCCUA